ACAAGAGGAGACCCAAUCACAUCUCACGAUCUUGGAGACAGGGCUCUGUUGACAGGAAGCGUGUGAGGCGGAAUCACUACAACCUCUCUUUGCUCAUAGUUUAACCAGACAAAUAGAAUUUCGGGUUCAUUCACCUCUCGUAGGUGUGUGGACUUAAAUUAUGCGUUGUAAUAUCGACCCGGAUCAAAGAUGCAAUGGAGGUCGGUAGUAGUUGGUCUGGUCGUACUGAGACUCUCCCUCAGCUGUGUGCUGUGGCUAGCCUUCGGGCUCGGACCUAACGUUAGCUGGGGGUUCAACUUUCCUCUGACUUUCAGUUUGCACAAAUUAGACUUGUUAUUCAGGGAGGAAAAGGGGACCAACCUGAGAGGUAACUCGUGGUCUCAACGAAUACAAAACCACAAAUAUGAAGGGACGGCGAGUACCUGUGCAAGGGUUGGAGAGGAGUCACUCAAGAGAUCCUACUUGAGCUUUUUCGACGGAAACAAGGACGAGUACGUCCGUAGAUACAGCUCCUUCCCAGACACACUGAAAGUGAAAAUGAAGGACAUGGCCAGAGAAAUGUUUUAUUUUGGAUAUGACAAUUACAUGAAAUACGCCUUCCCCGAGGACGAGCUGAAUCCCAUUGACUGUGAGGGGAGGGGACCAGACGUGCUAAACCCGUCAAACAUCAACAUAAAUGAUGUGUUGGGGAACUACUCCCUCACACUGAUUGACACCUUAGACACCCUGCUGGUGCUUGGCAAUGUGACUGAAUUCCAGAGGGCGGUCAAGCUGGUUAUAGAUAAUGUGUCGUUUGACAAGGACUCAACUGUGCAGGUUUUUGAGGCAACCAUCAGGAUUUUGGGAAGCCUUAUCUCAUCUCAUAUCCUGCUGACGGACCCAAAACAUCCUUUUGGCAAGGUGGGCUUUGAAGGUUACGAUAAUGAGCUGCUUCACUUGGCUCAUGACUUGGCUGUCCGCUUAUUGCCGGCUUUUGAGAACACCAGCACAGGCAUUCCUUACCCCAGGGUGAACCUGAAGACGGGAGUUCCUCCUGACAGCAUCAAUGAGACUUGUACUGCAGGUGCUGGGUCCCUGCUGGUGGAGUUUGGGAUUUUGAGUCGCUUGAUUGGAGAUUCCACCUUUGAGUGGGUUGCCAGGCGAGCUGUCAGAGCUCUGUGGAGCCUCAGGAGCAAAGAUACCGGCCUGUUAGGGAAUGUAGUUAAUAUCCAAACAGGCCAGUGGGUUGGCAAGCAGAGCGGUCUGGGAGCUGGCAUGGACUCCUUCUAUGAGUAUUUGCUCAAAUCAUACAUCCUUUUUGGUGAAAAAGAAGACUAUAGGAUGUUCCAAGCUGCUUAUGAGAGCAUUCAGAAUCACAUGAGGAGAGGGAGAGAGUCAUGUAACGAAGGAGAGGGUGACCCUCCUCUCUAUGUUAAUGUGAACAUGUUCAACGGUGAGAUAAUGAACACUUGGAUUGACUCCCUUCAGGCCUUCUUUCCAGGGCUGCAGGUGCUGAAUGGUGAUGUAGAUAAUGCUAUUUGCCUGCAUGCCUUCUACUAUGCCAUCUGGAAGCGCUUUGGGGCUUUGCCAGAGAGAUACAACUGGCAAUUGCAGGCUCCUGAUGUGCUCUUCUACCCUUUAAGACCAGAGCUGGUGGAGUCGACCUAUCUGCUGUACCAGGCGACAAAAAAUCCUUUCUAUUUGCACGUUGGAAUGGAUAUUCUUCAGAGCCUUGAGAAAAAUGCCAAAGUCAGAUGUGGUUAUGCCACUCUACACCAUGUUGUAGACAAAUCCAAAGAGGAUCGUAUGGAGAGCUUCUUCCUCAGUGAGACAUGCAAAUACCUUUACUUGCUGUUCGAUGAGGACAACCCGCUUCACAGAUCUGACAACAAAUUCAUCUUCACCACAGAAGGCCAUGUUGUGCCUAUAGACAAGCGCUUCAGGGAGAAACAGUGGAAUGACUUGUUUCCUUGUGAAGAGGGAGUGCUGACAGGAAGAGAGUCAAACCACCGACCACUGCCUAGCAACAGCAGCAAUUGCAGCAGGAUCCCAGAGGAGCGGCGUUACGCUCUGCCAUUAAAGAGCGUCUACAUGAGGCAGAUUGAUCAUAUGGUGGGACUUUUCUGAAUAAAAGGAUGACACUGGCAUGAACAGGUCUUCGGCAGGUGCAGUUGUAGUGAGUUUAAAAUUUUCCACUGUUGGUCAAAAUCGUUGUUCCUUCUGUUCUGCAGCUCAGGAACCAGACAGGAAACUGACACUAAAGCAAACCUGAGAAAGCAGCUUGAUCACUUCCUGUAUUAAGUAGAACAUGAGCAACUUUUCCUUUGGAAAAUCAGGAGUCGUGAACAGAUUGUGUAAAUGAUUUUAGAGUUACCAUACUUGAGGUUUGUUGAGGUGUGGGUUUAGGUGUGAGUGUGUAUGUAUUGUGUGUGUGAAAGUGUGUGUUCUGUUUGUCUACAUAUUUGAAAUCACAGCUGAGCUGUGAAUCACAAUAUUGUGUUUAUGGGAACAGUGCCAUCUAGCCACACAUAUGUAAAAUGAAUAGCCUAUAAAAACGCUCACCUCUGAAAAAUCCCUCUGAACAUGUUGAUUAGUGCCUCUGAAGCUGAUUCACUUGACUACAUUGGUGCUUUUAAAACAUAAGGGCUGCACAUCAGGAUGACUCUCGUUGUUUUAAAGUGCCUUCAGUUUGUCUUGGUCUUUCUGGAUGCUGUACAGUGCAUAUUAGUUGUGCAUAACAUUUUGGAGUCCAUUGUUGAUAUUGCACAAUAGGUGUCAUUCCAUGUGUAUGUACAGUUUUACUCCGAUUAUGACAUGCGUGUAAAUCUUUUUUUUUUAAACAUGAUGAAACAAGCCAUAAAAUGCAUUUUUAACGUUAAUCAGUGAGAAUGUGUUUUCCAUCAUUUUUCUGCCAGAUGUAUUGAGAAUGCAUAGUUUAUUGAAGCUGCGUUUCUGUUUCUCUUAAUUGCACAUCUUUAUACCUGUUAAUUGUCAUGUGGUGAGAACUCAGGGUUUAAAGGAAAAACAAAAAUCAGUGAAUGCUUUCAUUAAAAAAAAUAAAACUUUGUUGAAAUGUU